AUGAAUAAUUCACAGCAGUUUUAAUCAAUAAAACAGUUUUCAAAGAUUUUCAUACGACUAAACAAUAAUAAAUAGCAAAUUUAAUUAAUAAGCCAAAAUGAAAUUACAUUAGAGUACAUUAUAUCGAAAAUUACUUUAAUCACUAUAUAAAUUAAGGUGAAAUAUUUGUUGAAAAUAAGGAAAAAGAUUGAUUUGCAUUUCAAAUUAAAACUAUUACAAUCCUUUUUAAAGUUUAGCAAAUGCUUUUCCAAAUACUGUUUUGGAAAAAUAUAUAAUUCAAUUGAAAUAGAUUCGAAUCCUAGUCAAAAUAAGUUGAGGCUCAACUUAAAUUUAAAAGAAUUGAAAUACUUUAAUAAACCUAAGCCAAAUAAGUUAUAAAAUAAAUUCUCAAUAAUAUCUUAUUGA